UAUCUCAAGUUUAACAAAAUUGAUUUUGAAAUCAAGCCAGCAUUUGAGCCGUCAAUGUCGCCUACAGGGAAGCUGCCCUUUUUAGCCCUACCAAAUGGGCUGUAUGUGACAUCUGAGGGGUUUGAGAAGUGGAUUCAAGAGAACAAGAAUCAAGAAAAUUCAAACAAGCUUAGUCAUCAUGAAGCUGCUGAAGCUGUUGCUUUCAUUAGCCUGGCCGAAUCCAAGAUACAUCCAGCUCUUCUCUAUACUUUGUGGUUUGAGUCUUCUCAUUUCUGCACUACGACGCGCCAGCAUUACUUUGGACAUUACAGCUGGAUUCUAGCCACACUGCUUGCAUACCUUGGAAAGUCAGGCGUUGCCCACUCAAUGCUUCUUACACGCGCACAAAUUGACAGGGAGCUUAUUUUUGACGAAGCUGCCGCAGCGAUUGAAGCACUAUCUGUUCAGCUGGGUAGUGAUAGCGAGUACUUUUUUGGAAAGAGUGAACCUUCAAGUCUUGACGCUAUCAUCUUUGCCUACCUUCACGUCAUCCUCACGUUGCCUCGGAUUAGGAAUGCAAAAGAUGGAGGCCAAUCCGAUGAGCUUUCAAGAAUUGUCAGAAAACACGAAAAUCUGUUCAAAUAUUCACAAAAUAUCUGGAAGAAAUGGUUUGUCGCAUAG